AUGUCACGUCCGGAAGGGAAUCAGGAAGACUCGAGAUAUCCUCAACGACCAGAGGUGCCAGGUGUCGCCGAUGAGAGUUUCCGAGCUGCAACUUCGGCUUCAGCUUUCACAUCCCUUGAGCAUGAUCAGCAAACAUCCUUCGAAGAUCGAUGGAACUCAAUGUUGGAGAAAGAGAUGGACCGCAUCUUCGCAAAGAUGGGCAAUGGAGAAGAAAGCGUACGAGCAGAAAUGAAGAGACAUGGAAUUACAGACCUAUGGCUUCCACUACCAAAGCACACAGUUCGCAGGCUUUUCAGUAAGCCUCUAGAAGAGAAAGAAUUUCUACGGCUACAGCAGGAGUUCAUUGAUGCAGUUGCAACGAGAUUUGGCACAGAAGACCCUAGUCCAACACCAAUCCCAUUUCACGCUGCUCUCGAUGACGGCGAUGAUCUUAUUCCGGGGGGGCGUAUUCUAGGCGAGGGCGCUUUUGGGUUUGUGGAAUUGGUUACGGUACCAACCAAGCCAAUACCAACCACAUGCGUGCGGAAGAGGAUCGCAAGACCCAAACCGCUCCACGUUCAGAAGCAGAUAAUGGCCGCAUUUGCUCGUGAGGUCAAAGUCAUGCGCCAAGUAGACCAUUGGCAUUGUGUCCGUUUACUUGGGAGUUAUACAGACUUGGACUCCGUAAACAUACUCUCUACUCCCGUCGCAGAUAUGGAUCUGGCGACAUUCUUGGAUAGCGAACUCGGAGCCGAGCAAAGAAACAUGCUAUACAGAGGGAUUCAUUGUUUGUGCAACGCCUUACACGAAGAUCUCAAACCACAAAAUGUCCUCAUACAUGGAGACAAUAUCCUACUUACCGACUUCGGGUUCAGCCUCGACUUCUCUGAUGACUCGAUCUCGACCACCACGGGCCGCCCGAGUGCUUGGACUGUUCGUUAUUCUCCUCCAGAAGUGCUGGCAUUCGAGCCUCGCAAUAGAGCCAGCGACAUCUUCUCCCUUGGAUGCGUCCUUUAUGAAAUGUUAUCUGGUAUCCACGGUCACAGUCUCUCUGAAGUAAAGGAGCACUGGAGACAGACCGGAACCGGUCAGUCCAGUUUUGCUCGGAACCCAGAAGCAGCAGCGUCUUGGCUCGAGCCGUUGCCACUCAAACCGUUGCUGCAAUUAUUCCACAGCAAACUUAUGUUCUUGCGUGAAUACAUCCCAUCAAUGCUGGAUCCGAAUCGACUUCGCCGUCCCUCAGCACAGCAAGUUGUAGAUCGACUUUCCGACUGCAGCGUUUUUCUUCGCGAGCCUCGUGAAAAGCAGCUUAUUUGCUGUGUGGGCCAGCCGCUCAUUAGCGGACUCCUCUGGUUCGAACAGGAAAUCCUCAGACAAUCUCCAUAUCUCUGGGACCCUUGGGUUGAAGCACAUCGCUUUCAUCCAGCAUAUCACCAUGAUUGGACUUAUAUACUGCUUGAUUUGAACUUGAACUUGAUUUCUGCGAAACACAGUGGCUACUCUGGGAUGAAAGAGCCUCUUAGCACUCUAUUCAUCAGCUUUGAUGAGGUCAAGGCGGAAUGCGAGACGCUUUACAAAGGAGCCAGCAGGAACGGAGCGACCAAAGACUUCUGGGCUGCCCAUACACAAUGGAAAGAGAACCAUGACAAUCUAGCCGCGGCCGUGGAUGAUGUAGAGACAAGCAUAAAACUGGUAUCCCUGAAAAAUGUAGUAUUCACAGUUCUGGAAACUUAUGUCAGUAUUCCCGAGCCAUCAAACGAACCCACACGGACAUCUAGAUUGCAUUUACGAACCAUACAAAUCUCUUUGUUGCCAGUAUGUCUGCCGCGAUCAUCAUCUUACGGGGCCUUCUUUUACAUGAUUUCAUUCCCGAUCUGCGAAACGGGGUCUCGGUGGCAUAUACUACCGAGAGAGGGCAAGGGAUUCGUGGAUUUGACCAUAUAA